CCUAACCUCACUCCAUACCUUCUUUCACAUUUCAUAUUCACAGCUUCUAGAUGCCUCGACAAGGUCAUUGUAAGACAAAGGCUACUUGCCAGCGUUCUACAUCUAAUGUGGCAAUCCCACAAUAUGAUUCAUUAUUGUCAAUAUGACCAUGCGGCGGCAACCAAGCUCCGCGGCGCAAAAUCAAAAUUCUAAGCGGCAGAAACAACCUCAACUUCCUUCAGUGUAUACGAAGAUCCAGGAUGUUCUCGACGAAACUAUCCCGGUGGGGAAACUCGUUAGUGUCAUCGGAUUGGUGAAAGACCGUAGGGCUCCAAGGGAGACAAGUGGUGCUGACUGGAAAUCCACCCUUACCAUCUAUGACAAAUCAAUCGAGGAUGAACCCGAGAGAGGGCUGCCUGUUAAUAUAUUCAGGCCGCAAGCUGAAAUGCCUGAGCCAGAUGCUACUGACGUCGUGGUGAUACUUUCUGCAAAAGUUCAAUCCUAUCGCGGUGAGGUGUCCUUAUUAACACAUCGAUCGACUGUGAUUCAUGUAUAUUCGGCACGUCAGAUUCCAAAGCCCCCCAAGUCAGCAAAGCAGGCUCUGGAAGCUCCUCUGCGACCAAAAGAUCGUCCUCCGGGAGAUCCGGAGCAUGAGUAUGUCUCAUGGUUGUAUCACUCUAUCGUCAAAGAUACUAUACCCGACGCCGAAGAGUUCGAAAAUUUAGUUUCUCAGUCUCGGAACUACAAGGAUAAGUUCCAGACUUUGAGUGAUAUCCACGACAACCAAUUUUGCGAUACCAUCGUCAAUGUAGUCAGGGAGCCCUACGACCAAAUGGGCACGACUACUCUCUGGGUCUCAGAUUACACCGAGAAUGAAGCUUUCUACAAAUUCUCCUGGAAUGCUGGAGACGUGUCCGACGGCCGUGACGGAGAUCCGUAUGGCUAUACUACGAAGAAUAUAACCCCUAGUACCUGGGCUGGUCCUUACGGGAAACGCUCAAUGCAAGUGACAUGCUUUGGAAUGGACGCAGAUUUCGCCCAAAAAGAAGUCAGAGCAGGAGACUGGAUCUUUCUCCGAAAUCUACACGUGAAGUACGGACAUAACCUCAAUAACCUAGAAGGGUUCGUGCGGGAAGAUCGUACUGCUUUCUACUCGGGACUCAAAAUCGAAAUUCUCCAAACUGAUGACCCAGAGACCAUCGACGGCCGUCUCAAAGAAGCUAUCAGGCGAAAGAGAGAUUAUGAGAAACUAAAGAAACAGCAGCAGAAGAGUUUUGCUGCGAACGAGGAUAACACUAAGAGAAAAGCUGAAAAUCAGACAGAAGGAAAAAUGACAUCGAAGAAGCGACGCGCCCUAGAGAGAGCUCAGAAGAACAAGGAAGUCGACGACAGAGAGAAAGAAAAGGAGGCAAGGCUUGGCCUUAACGAACAAAUCAAGUGCGAGAAUAUUGACCAGCCUAUUUUCGCCGUUCCGUCCAUAAUCAAACCAGUUCAAUACAAAACAACAGUCAAAGGCCAAGAAGUAGAAUUAACCCUUCCUUUUACUUGUGCAAGGUACCGAGCCAACGUUCGAGUCGUAGAUUUUCGACCUUCUAGGUUGGCAGAUUUUACAACUUGGCGUAAGAACCUCGAAUACGACGCACUAUCAGAUCACAGUGGUGACUCCGACUCUGAGUCAGGAGACGACGGCACAUUAAACCGAUACGCGGGGAAGAAGAUAUGGGAAUGGAGAUUUUCUCUCCUACUAGAAGACGCUGAUCCAAAGCACAAGGGCGAGGAUAACAGGUUCUGGGCCGUAGUCGGCAAUACCGAGGCACAGCUUUUACUCAAUCUCGAUGCGACAGACCUCAGAGCAAAUCCCGACGAUCUAGAUACGCUACGAGAGAAGCUUUUGCAGCUCUGGGGUAACCUGGAAGAAUGCAAGCAACAGGAGCUACAACGACAGGCCAUGGAUAAGAAGCGAGUGGCAGCCAAUCAACCACCCCCUUCCUCGCCCCCUCGGCCAUCAAGUAGCCGUCGCGUGGAGACGACCAACAACAUCGAGACCGCUCUCUCGAAUAAGCCUUUUUCUUGCUGUGUCCGCCAGUAUGGCAUCAAGAUCCGUGAGAAGGAUCCCCUAAAGGCAGAUGCCGAUGACGGGAAGCGUUGGCAAAGAAUGUUCGCUCUAUUUGGUACCAAGAUCAGUUCCUGAAAUAAGAACAAAACAUAUAAGAGAUUCGAUGACAUAGUUAUAACUUGGCUGGCGACUAUCCCACAGCCCACAAGAUAUUCUCGCGAGUAGAACAGUUUCGUCCGAAGUAGUCUCUAAGACAUUGCUUUGCUGACACAUGCUUAAGGAUUUCGGUAUGGAAGUUAUAUGGAUGCGGCCCUUAUGGCUAGGAGACGAAAUAGGGGCACACGUAUCAACGGCGCAAUAAUCCCGCCAUUCAGGAGGGUUUGCAACUUAUGAUAUUAAAUGAUAUUCACAUCCAACCG